AUUAGGGGUCUUAUUAGAGCCUUCUUAGUUUGCAGCUGGGUGGAGUGACAUGCCACAGAGGAAGAAAACACAAACAACUACAUGGACACAGACUUCUUACUGUAUGAACUGAAGAGGAGAUGGUGGCCGUUGUGCAGCCCUCAGCUCGACAUAGCCAACCUGAUGAACAGCUGCUUCAGCUGUAUCUCACAGUACCAUUUACCCAUAAGGCAGGUGACGGUGCUGUUAGUCGGCCUUGACAAUGCAGGCAAAACAUCCACCGUGAGGGGACUCCUGAAAGCACCCCUGGAAGACCUGAGCCCCACAGAGGGAUGUGUGCGCACACAGCUGAGAGUGGACAACUUCCUGAUCACUGUGCUGGAUGUGGGUGGAGCUCCGGAGGCUCGUAAGGCCUGGAGGGACCACUAUGGCGAGGCCCAUGGUAUCAUUUUUGUGGUAGACUCCAGUGAUUGGACAAGGACCCAGGAAGCUAAGGAGAUUCUGGAGGAACUGCUAAAGCAUCCAAGUGUGGCUGGAAAGCCCCUUUUAGUGCUGGCCAACAAGCAGGACAAGCUGAAUGCCAGGCUGGGCAGUGAGCUGAUAGAAGCUCUGUCACUGGAGAAACUGAUCAACCAAAACCACUCUCUCGGCCAUAUUGAGCCGUGCUCUGCCCUGCUCGAUGCCCGCAGGUGGUCUGACAGGAAGACACUGCGCGGCUUGCGCUGGUUGCUGCGGGCUGUGUGCCUGGACUACCUGGAGCUGUGUGCACGUGUGGCCUGGGACAGCAGGCAGCCCAUAGGCCAUGAAGAGAAGGAAAAGGGUGGAAAAGCUGAGAGAGGACAGGGCAACCCCAAAGAAGAAAAAAUCCCCACCAGCAAAACUGAACGUUUCAGCAAAAAAGACCUUCGGAGGAAAGAGAAAAAGACACCUAAACAAAAGCCAAGUGAUAAACUGCAACCCAUCAGAAAUAUCCUGCCAAAGGAGAACACAAUAAACAGGAAGUUGAAGAAGAGAAAACAGGUUAAGAUUAUUGAGAAAGUUAAAACACAAAAAGGAAACCAAGACCGAAAGGAAGAGGAAGAGGAGGAGAGGGAUACAGAGGCAGAGCCAGACCAGAGUGUUCACAAAGAAGACAAACAUAGCACUGCGCUCUUGCCUGGUGACUGCGGGAAGCCAAAACGUAAAGGCAAAGUGAAAGAGGAGACAUUUUGCGAAUCAACUGAAAAUGAGGUUUCCAAACCAAGGAAAGGAAAGGGAGAAAAGGAAAAAAAGAAAAGGACAGUAAAAGUAAAGAAGAAAAACAAAAUAAAUACUGAAGAGGUGCCAGCUGCAUAUUCACAGCCAGUGGACCUUUCGGAAACUUUUGACUUGUACAGAAAAACAAUCUUGUCAUUGGAAGCCAGACAGGACCAGGGUAACUGAAGGGAGAUUCUGCCUGGUUCAGCAUGUGAUGACACA